UACAAAUCCAAAACCUGCGCGUUUACAACUAUUUGGCGAACGUGUGCUGCUCGCGUGUUUGCAGGAGUCUGCCGAGUCGUUCCCAAGACCGCGUACUCGUACGAAUGUUUGGAACGCCGAGAGGUCCGUGAGUAGUGCCGUUCUAGCUCGCGCAGCUAGCAGACGCCGUGUGUCGAGCGGCGCUCGUCGCAAAUGCGCCUGUUGUGGAACCAUGCCAGUGGCUGGUGCUGCGGAAGGAUUCUCCACUGACGCUGUGAUGUCCGUGUUCGGCAGCUGAUCGGCCGUCUCUGUGCUACGUUUGAGUGAGUGACGACUGUGACCAUGACCGUCGAACAUUCUCCCUUGGAUGGCCACGCCAAGAAGCAGCAACAGCAGCAGCAGGAGGAGGCGAUUCGUCAGGUGAUCAACCAGCUGAAGGAGAUCACCGGCGUUGAGGAUCCGGCCAUCUUGAGUCAAGCCCUGGAGGCCAGCCGCACGGUCUCCGGCAACUAUGACCUCACCCAUGCCAUCAGUAUGCUAGUCGAAGAAGAUGGCGGACCCUCGGUGUCUCAGGUUGGUCAGAGGCCGCAGGUGGCAGGUGACGGGGCUGCGGCGGCGCCUGGCAGCCAUCCUGGGGCAGCCACUUCCCCGCAGAAGCGCCCUGCCAAGGUCAUUGACCUUACGGGAGAAGGGGACGACCUCCAGAAGGCUAUUGCCCUCUCCCUUCAGGAGCAGCAGGUGGCUGGCGUCUCUGCGGAGGAACAGGACAUCAGCCGUGCCUUGGAGCAGAGCCUCGGAGGCAAGCGCAAGCGGGGUGCCGAGAACUGGCUGGACCCGAUCAAUCCCAACGACCGUCGGCGGCAGGGUGAUUGGCCCGUGGGCAUCAAGAAUGUUGGCAAUACCUGCUGGUUCUCUGCUGUGAUCCAAUCCCUGUACCACCUGCCCAUGUUCCGGCGCCUGGUGCUGGCCUUUGAGCCACUCCAGGCAUCUGUGCGGGACGGUCGGCCGCUGCAGGAGCAGCGCAGCGUGGGUCUCAUGCUGGAGCUGAGGGCCCUGUUUGCGCUGCUGGCCGCCUCGCGACGCAAGUACGUCAACCCUGGCCGGGCUCUCGAGCUCCUGCGAGAUGCCUUCGUCGGAACGGCAGGAGGGGCCGGCGGAUCUCAGGGUCCCAACAACCAGCAGCUGCAACACCAGCAACAACAGCCGCAGCAGCAGUUGUCGCAACAGCAGCAGCCUCAGCAGCAGCAAGACGUGUCCGAGUUCACGCACAAGCUGCUCGAGUGGCUGGAGGAUGCCUUCCAGCUGGCCCACUGUGCCAGCCCAGGCUCCAUACCUCGUAUGGAGCAGACGAACCCAAUGCUUGACCUUUUCUACGGACGCUUUCGGUGUGAGGGUGAAAACGAAGGUCGACACUUCUCACGAGAGGAAGCAUUUGGCCAGUACCCUCUCCAAGUGAAUGGCUUUAGCGACAUCCAUGACAGCCUGGAGGCGGCCACCACUAGUCUGGAACCCGAGAGUGCUUCGUCGACCUCACCUCGGCGACUAGGCCAGGAGACAUGGUUUACGAAGCUUCCACCCGUGCUAGUGUUCGAGCUGUCUCGAUUCCGUUUCAAUCAGCAAAUCAACAAGCCCGAAAAGAUCCAUCAUCGGCUAGACUUUCCAGAGUUGCUCUACAUGGACAGGUACAUGGAGUACAACAAGAACAUCACCCGCAGCAAACGUGAAGAGGUUCGCCGGCUGAAAGCUGAACGGGAGAGGCUGAGGAGACAACUCGACAAGUACAUCCAGUACGGCUCUGGGCCCAAACGGGUGCCCCUGCAAGACGUGCUGCAAUACACUCUCGAGUUCGUCGAGAGCAAAGCGUCUCAGCAGAAAAACGAGGAGGCCGAGAUGGGCUCGCCGUCGUCAAGCCUGGGUCUCUGUUCUCCCGGCAGCUCGCCGCCAGACGAGGGCCUCUCGAGGGGAGGGAGCCCCCGCAACAUGAACGAGGGGCCCUGCCCGCGCCACGUGGCAGAGCCCGAACUCCGGCUGCUGCAGAGCUGUUUGCGGCGGUGGCAGUCCGAGGUCGAGCACGACGUCAAGGAGUUGCAGGAUAGCAUGAGCCGCAUCGAUGCAACCAUUCGUGAUAUUUACACAGAGCCGUCGUUGCUACAGGUGCCGUACCGGCUGCAUGCAGUUCUGGUGCACGAAGGCCAGGCUGCAUCAGGCCACUACUGGGCCUUCGUGUACUGCCCACACCGGUCAGCCUGGCUCAAGUUCAACGACGUCACGGUCAACGAGGUGACGUGGGCCGAGCUACUGCACGACUCGGUCGGGGGCCACCACUGCACAUCCGCCUAUUGCCUGCUGUACGUGGACCGCAACAAUCGUGAUCUCUUUGAUGGUGCUAAGGACUCUGAGCUGGAGCUUCCUCCGGACCUGGCUCAGUAUGUGGAGGCGGACAACGCUGCCUUCCGCGCGGAGCUUGAGAAGUGGGACCGGGACCACAGCGACAAGAGCACCGGUGCUGCAUCGAGUGGGAACGACAUCGUGGUCACCCCAGUGCAGCCGCAGCAGGAUCGGCCGAUAGCGGGGGAGCACAGUACCAGUAGUGGUGUGCUCAGUGCCAGCCCCUCGUGGCCUGCGUUGCAGCAGGAGCAUGCUCAGUUGGCCCAGGGCUGGACCCAGGGUCGGCUGGUGAAUCUGGGCCCCACCCUGAGUGCCGAGGGUCCUCGGGGUGCCUUGGCAAAGGCGCUCGACCAGGAGCUUGCGCGCCUUCAGCGACUAGCCCGCCUGGCUCAGCAGCGUGCGGCUGCGUCACCGUGGCCGGGCCGACCGAGCGGCAACGACGAGGAAGACCCCCGGCUACAGCACAUCGGCCUCUUCCUGCUGCUCAACGGUGCACCCGUGCAGCCGCACCUGCAACGAGUCCUGCUCGAGCAGUUUGCCCAGCCCGAGUUGGAGAAAGACCCCAUCGGGGCACCUCUGAGACAGGAGGCCCUGCGGUGGCUCUCAGAGCUGUCUCCGUCGGGUGCGGGUGGGGACGUCGAGGUGGAGGCGAUGUACCGAGGCUGGCACAUGCUGUACUGCCGCUUCCGGCAUCUGGCCAGUGCCCUGACCGUCGGACUGGAGCACUACUGGACGCACCGGCUGCCCUCGGCCGUCCACCUGCUGGGCGCCGCAUGCUCCAUCAACGAGGCACUGCUCGCCCGGCCACCGCCCGCCGAACCCCACUCCCGGUUUCUAGGCUUCGACCCGAGGCUGCUGGCGUACUGCCGACGCAUGGCGCUACUGUCACUGAACGAGUACUGUGCACGACAGUUUGAAGAAGGCAGCUUGCGGGAUGCUCUGGGUGCCCUGAGGCUGAUGACCGACACUGUGCUGCCGCACCUGGCACCUCUGCUGAGCCCUCUGGCAAAUGCUCGGGACACGCGGGCCGUCGAGGAAGUGCGCAGCCGCUGGUGUGCCAUGCUGGGACUCGCCAUGCCAGAUGAGAAGCAGGAGCAGCUGGAGGACAUGUUGAGCAAGCUGUUGGAUCCCGGCGUGGACACCCCGCCCCCGUCUCCGCUCAGCAUCCCUCGCGUGACGAACCUGUCGGCCGCCUACGAGCAGGCCAUGCGGCGACUCACCUCCACCAAGAACUUCGACACGGCGCUUCUCGAAGAGGGCGUGCCUUCCCUCUCCUAGCCCCCCUCCCCCUUUAUCCUCUGAUGGUCCCUCUCCUCCUAACACACACAAUUCCGCGUUUGCGUUUCGUCCCUGGUGUCUGCACUCCGGUUAUGUCGUUUCUGUUGAGCCUUACAAGAAUGUGGCCUCUUUUUUUUUUCUUCUCCGUUACUUUUGGCACCGUUAACACCUCUGGCACCCCUCUAUUUUUUUUUUCUUUUGCUGUAAGAGUUUCACGGGAGAGGCGAUCACCCCUCCUCCAUUUGCUGGCUAGGUGCGAGCCAGCUUAGUCACGGCUAGGUUGCCGCUGCCUGCCGGGUGGAGGGUUUGAAAAAAAAAAACAUUUUCUUUCGCUUUACGUCGGGAAGUCAUCACAGAUUUGUCACUAAUGUAGUAGUAUCUCGAUAAUUAUUUGUCGUCUUGAGAAUUCUUAGUCUUAAUAUAAAUUGACAUUUAAGAUAUCUUUAUUUAUUCAUUUUAUUUCUUCAGUUGUAUAAAGUUUACAGUUUGACUCGGGGCAGGAAGCAAGAAAUUGUACAUUAGGGUGUGAUGAUGCUUAUAAAUUAAACUUGAAAUACACAGAAAAGCGAAGAACAAAAUAAAAAAAAAGUCAUCUAAAAUAGCAGACUGAAGUCUUUCGAUUUUGCAGUACAGUGUGUAUGUACAUUGUGUCAUUCAUAAUUUAAUAUAUAUGCUGAAAAGAAGUUCACAAUUGUACCCCCUUUUAUUCAGAGAUAUCUAACUUAUUUUCAAGUGUCUUCCGUGUUUGCAUGGAUAGAUAGUGAAAAGCAUCUUGCAUUUUCUCACUCUUUUUAUGGAAGACACAUGUCUUGGUCCAUUGUUCAAAUGGGGAAUGACCGCAUGCGAUUCUUUCUUUGCCCUUUCCUUUUCUUCCCUGUACUUUACUUUGCACCGAUCAACGAGUUUGAUGUGGUCCAAAGCUUGUUUCACGAGAAUCGACGUGCGGUCACGGAACCGCGACGUCGUGUAUAUACAUAGACAGAUUGCGAGACUAGUCUUGUAUCGCGUGCCUAAACCUAACCUGGUGGUUCAUAGUACAAUUCACUACACCAGCCAGUGUCAUCUAUGACCCUGCUCAAUUUGAUGCCCUUAGUGAAAUGAGCCUCGUUAGCAGCAUAAUCCUUUGAACUUAAUCGAUGUUUUCAUGGGCAUGGUCAAUCGGUCUCUGCCAGUAGUGGCAAUAAGCGUCACGUGACGGUGCAGUGCAGAGUUCGAAUAAACACGAUUUGUGAGGGAACAAACCCGGUGAGCAACAGCCUGUCGUCUGCUUAGACAAUGAACCGUCGUCUGCUUCUGUGAAACGUGGUUGUCUGUACUGAAUGCCUCACAAACGAUUCUGGUGAAUAAGCAACCAAUGCAUCCCCUCUGUCCUGUUGUCCUUUAGUCGACCAGUUUUGCGGCAGUGGUACCUUUUCUUGCUAGUGUAGCUUUGUAGGGGGCCGGUUGUCGGGCUUUCGGUCGUCGUCCGUCUGCCAAUUGUAUCCUUGAUUUACCGGCACGUGCAGGGGCACAAACAAUGCAAACGAGCUUUGCGAUGCUCGCGUGAGUGUCUUGUGUGUGUUUGUGUGUCAAAGUGGCAGUUGGGGUGGUAGUUUGUGUGUAACAAGAAGAGCCACUAGACGAUGCGGACAAGAAAAAAAGGGGUACGGUAAUCAAGGUGCACUACUUAACACCCGACACAAAAGACAUGAUACAGUGUGCACACCUAGUCUCCAGGUGGUCGGUUUCCUUGUCAGGCAAUGAGUGUUAAGGCAUGCUCGCUCAGUUGUCAAAAGAGAUGGCUAAGAAUCUUGUUUUAGGCAAGCUGGAUAUACUUCUUUUAAACAAACUAGAGCAUUGUAACAUUUUAAAGGUUUUUAGGUUUGGUUGAAAAUUUUUUAGUAAUUGUUGGUAUCCCUUUUAAGCAUGACAUUGGUAAUAAUUUGUUUCUAAAUUGGUUUUAAUGCCUGCAGAACUAAUGAAUGAACCUACCUAGGAAUGAGUCAAGUUUUGAGAUCUUUAUUUUUUCCAUUUGAUCUUGUGUGCUGGUGUUACGAACCGAGAACUGAUAAAUAGCUACUUCAUUACUACUGCGCAUUCGAAAUUGAUCAAGUGCAGCAUUGCAAACUUGUCUCUUCGCAAGCGCUCUAAAUAAUUCAUGUUGCUGUACGCUUGAAAGUUUUUUAAAGCUAUAGAAUACCUCAGGAAAGCGAAUUUUCCCUUGCUUGUGUGCGAAGCUGAGGGGAGGCUCAAACUGGCUAGGAACAACCAAGGAUGAAUUCAAGAUUAUAAACAACCGACAGGUAGUGGUCGUUACCCUACAUUCACCAACCCUUUCAUAAUCGGAGACGCGUCGGGCAACGUGCAGGAGUAAAAUGGGCGCUCUUGGCGCCUGGGGAACUUUUACACACGUGCAAGAUGACAGACCUCUGUAAACUGAAGACACCACAGUGCAUUGUUAGGCAUGAUGAUACGUUCACUGCGAACAGGCUGUGGUUUAUGUAAUCCCGAUCUCCUGUGGAAAGUGUUUCGUUGGUAAAAUAGGCAGCUGCCUCAAUGAACACCUGUAAGUGGUGCGUCGCGUGUACCCCUCUUUCUUUGUUUGUGUCGUCUAGCGCUCAGAAUCUUGUCGUGUGUGUGCUGUUGCCUCUGUUUUGCUAACUCUGGUUCGGUUGAGUUUGAAAAUUAAAAUUGCCUCGAUUGUCUUCGCAAUGAUGAAGCACUAUCGUAGUAAUGGGCCUGCUCCGAGUAAGCUCUAGCACACGGGGUUUUGUGGUGUUGGUGGCCAGCAUGACGGUACCACGGUUAUACCAUGGGGUUCACUGGCUGUUGGUGCUGGUAUUUUCGGUCGCGUGAGCAGUCGUACCGCUGCACAGUCUGAGAGCCGGGGCAUCGAGGCACGACUGUCAUGUUGCAGCUACGAGAAAGGUGUCGAAAGUAUUUUUAUAAUUUUCUUGUGCGCGUCGACACAAAAUGUGAGAGAGGCUUAUUUUGAAUGUACACGCACUCAGAGGGGAAGGUCACUGGCCCUGCAAAUGGAGAGACUACACACACCAACGAGAGGUUGUGUCUACAAGUGACGCGACUGCUGCCGACGAUUGUUGUCAAGGGAACCAUCGAACUGGGCUGUGCCUCCUGUGUCGGCUUUCUACGAUUCAUUGCCUCUUGCACGUAACCGGGUGCACGUAACCGGGUGCGUGGAGUUUGUUACCGUGUCUAGACGCAGAUCCCACAGAAUGGGCCAAAAGCCACGCUCGUCUCUUACCUAGGCUCACUUGGGCAAAUCGUGCCGGCAGCUUGCAGUGUGUGACAAUCUUCCGCGCCACACUCUGUCGAUGAGGUGUGCAGCCGCGGAACAUGCUUCGAAGUCGUCUCAUGACCUCGCCUAGCGUCACCUUGUGUCUGGGCUUCCCAGUCCCCGAACAAAAGACCCUGUGUUUAUUUGAACACCUCUUUGUACCUCCCAAUGCAUUUGUGUUUGUCGUGUUGUAGUCUGGAAGGACUCGUUAUCUUUGUUUUCUAACGAGAUUUGAGUGUGCUUUCUAUUUAACAUCUCGUGCUCAAGCAGUACACCUCUCCCCCACCCUUCGUCCCCACCCGCCAUGAAUUAUUCUUCUAGUUGUAGGAUGCAAAGAUAUAGUGACAAUAAGAAGAGUGAUGUUUCGAAAAACUUUUUUUCGAUUGUUGUGAGUCUCUCUCGCUCUGUUCACGGGCAUUGUUGCAAUUAUUUCUGAAAGUCUUUCUUUUUCUUUCUAAUUAUGCAAACUGCACCUAGCUUGCAUUUCACUGUUAACUCUCGAGCAAUGUCAUUGCGGUGCCUAUACCAAAACAUUUGCUUCUUUAGCGACUUGUAAAUUUCUGUACAAAUGUAAAUAAAGACCGUUGUUUGCGUUGCA